AUGUCCCUCCCUCGCCGCGUCGCAAUUAUCACCGGGGCUGCCGAGGGCAUCGGCCGUGCGGUCGCCCGCCGCCUCGCGCGCGACGGCUACGACCUCGGCCUCUUCGACCUCCCGCGCGCGGCCCCACGCCUCGCCGACCUCGCCGACACCGUCCAGCGCGAGCACGGCGCCAAGGUCACGCUCGUCCAGGGCGACGUCACACGCGAGAAGGACGAGCGCGGGGGUUUAUACGCGAUGAUCGCGAACGCGGGCGUGGCCGUGAAUAUGCCCCUCCACGAAACCCCGACGUCGGAGCUCGACCGGAUGCUUGACCACGCCGUGCGGCAGAUGCUCGCGCAGGGCACCGGCGGGCGCCUCGUCGGCGCCGCGUCCCACGCCGCGUACUGUGCGGGCAAGUUCGGCGUCCGUGCGCUCACCCAGUGCGCCGCGAUGGACUACGGCAAGCACGGAAUCACCGCGAACGCGUACGCCCCGGGCGCGAUUGAGACGGCGUUGUUGGACAACCUGGACGCGUACCAUACCGCGAAGUCCGGCGAGAAGCGGGGGUCUUGGGCGCGCUGGGUACGUCGAGAAGCGCGCGGCGUCGGGGGCGGUCGGGCUAAUUGGGAUGUCCGAGAUGUCGCCAAGCUGGUGUCGUGGCUGGUCUCAGACGAGGCCGCGUUCGUGACCGUAAUCGUUGAUGGUGGCAUGGUGUUCGACUGA